AAACUCACACACCUGGUCUUCAUCACUUUUAAUAUUCUCCUCUACUAUUUCUCCUUUGUCCUAAGCUAGCUGCUCCUUCCUCCAUAUGAUAACGCAUUUCAAUCAUGUUCAUGCUUCUCUCUUCCUUUUCUUCUUCUUCGUUUCUUCUCAUUUCUUUCUUCUUUUUCCUUCUCUUCCUCCCCACCUCAUACUCCUUAACCAAGCCCACUAAUGCCACUCGCCGCCACCGCCAACUCUCCAUCAACUACUACGCCACCUCCUGCCCGCAGCUUGAACAGCUUGUGGCUUCCGUCACCGCCCAGCAGUUCAAAGAAGCGCCCGUCUCAGGGCCCGCCACCAUCCGGCUCUUCUUCCACGAUUGCUUUGUUGAAGGGUGUGAUGGGUCGAUAUUGAUAUCAUCGAAGCCGGGAACUGGGGUGCUGGUGGAGAAGGAUGCCUAUGAUAACAGGGACUUAGCGGCAGAAGCUUUUGAGAGCGUAAGGAAGGCCAAGGUAUUGGUGGAGAGCAAGUGCCCUGGUGUUGUGUCCUGCGCUGACAUUCUUGUCAUUGCAGCCAGAGAUUUUGUCCACCUGGCUGGGGGUCCUUACUAUCAAGUGAAGAAAGGUAGGUGGGAUGGAAAAAUAUCAAAGGCAUCAAGAGUGAAUUCCAAUCUCCCUCGAGCGAAUUCCACGGUUGAUGAGCUGAUUAAGCUGUUUAAAUCCAAAGGACUGACAAUGGAGGACCUUGUUGUCCUCUCAGGAGCACAUACAAUUGGCUUUGCCCACUGUGAGCACUUUGUGAACCGGCUCUACGAUUAUGGUGGUACAAAGCAGCCAGACUCUGCCAUUGAUCCAAGGCUCCUCAAGGCCUUAAAGAUGUCGUGCCCUCGGUUUGGAGGGAAUGCAGAUAUUGUCGCACCAUUUGAUGUCACCACCCCAUUCACAUUUGAUAAUGCAUAUUAUGGGAACCUGGAGGCCAAACUGGGGUUGCUAGCCACAGACCAAGCUCUAUUUUUGGACCCAAGGACCAAGCCCCUGGUGCAGGCCAUGGGGAAGGACAGGCAGAAGUUCUUUCAAGAAUUUGCAGCUGCCAUGGAGAAGAUGGGGUCAAUAGGAGUGAAAAGGGGAAGAAGACAUGGGGAGAAAAGGAAAGAUUGUAGCAUUCAUAUGUCAUGAAUAUUUCUCUUUUGAUUUUAUUCUUUUCUUGUUUCCCACUGUUUGUUGUUUUGUUUUAUUUGACUGGGCUUGGGACCAAAGUUGAAACAAACUAUAAUACAAGAGAAAGCAUUUUGGGAUGUAAA